CCUAUCACACAUCAGUGUUUACUUGCACUUCCGCAUCGGCAUUUUAACCCACUGACGCUCUUUGAAAAUCAAGUUUGAGGGUAUAAUCUGUCAUCACAGAUUUCUUUAAAGUGUUUAAAUUUACACACAGAGAAUAAAGUCAGGGCUGUGGAUUAAGAUGGAGGCUGUGAGAAAACUGUUCCGGGGUGCCUGGUCGUCUGCUGAGAGGCUGGAUGACAAAACUGUGCUCAUCACUGGCGCCAACACUGGGAUUGGCAAAGAGACAGCCAUAGACCUGGCAAAAAGAGGGGCACGGAUCAUCAUGGCAUGCCGGAGUGCCGAGAGAGGGGAGGCGGCUGUGAAAGAAGUCAUUGAGAGCUCAGGGAACCAGAAUAUCGUUUACAUGAAACUGGACUUGGCAGACAGCAAGUCCAUCAGAGAGUUCGCUGAAGCUGUCAACAGAGAUGAGCCAAAACUGAACAUCCUCCUUAACAAUGCUGGAGUGAUGGUUUGUCCUUAUGGGAAGACAGCGGAUGGAUUUGAGAUGCAGAUCGGCGUCAAUCACAUGGGUCACUUCCUGUUGACUUAUCUGUUGCUUGACCUGGUCAAAAAGUCUGCACCAGCCAGGAUUAUCACAGUGUCCUCCAUGGCUCACACUUGGGGCUCCAUCAAACUGGAAGACAUCAACAGUGAGAAGAGUUACGACAAGAAGGCAGCGUACUCUCAGAGCAAGCUGGCAAACGUCCUCUUCACCCGCUCACUGGCCAGGAGACUAGAAGGCACAGGUGUGACCGCGUAUUCCCUCCACCCUGGAGUCGUCCAGACAGAUUUAUGGCGACACCUGAGCGGCCCUCAGAAGGCUAUCAUGAAGAUGGUCAGUCCUUUCACCAAAAACUCUAGUCAGGGAGCUCAGACGUCCAUUUACUGCGCAGUGGAGCCAACGCUGGAUAAAGAGAGCGGGGGAUACUACAGCGACUGUGCUCCAGCUAACUGCUCGUCAGCCGCCAAAGAUGACGUCGUGGCGCAGAAGUUGUGGGAGCUGAGCUGCAACAUGCUGUCGAUAACGUGGGAAUGAGGCUGCAUGAACUAAAUAAAGAAAAGCUUCACUCACCGCCUGCUGAGUUUCUUUACUAACCCAUGCAUUUUCUUUUUCCUGAAAUAAUGUGAAUAAUUCACAAUGUAUUAACUUAUAUGUGUAAUAUAAACAGAUAUCACAUUCUUAUAUAUAUAUACUUUUCUAUCAAUUUUUUAACCACUCUGCUGUAGACAACGUCCAGAAGAACUCAAGAGAACCAUUUUUUAGUAAGAUACUACAGGGUCAUUUACAUGGUGAUUUUUAAGUGUAUUUCUGUGCCUGUAUGUUCUGACAAUAAAUCUAGUUUCCAAUCUUA